CGAAAAGAAGUAUUAGAUUUAACAAAAGGUUUUCGUGGUUCAUCGUCUAAAUUAUAUAGAACCGCCCAACAAAGAACAAUAAAAGCAUUAACAAAUUCUUAUAAAGAUAGAAAAAUUAAAAAACGUGAAUUUGUUAAAAUUUGGGUUUCACGUAUAAAUGCUGCAGUUCGUUUAUCAGGAUUAAAUUAUAGUAACUUUCAAAAUCAGCUUAAAACCUCUAAAAUUCUUCUUAAUCGAAAAAUUUGCAGUCAAAUAGCACUUCAAGAUAAAGAAUCUUUUGAUAAAUUACUAGAUUUUAUUAAAAUCUAG